GUAAUAAUUUAUCAAUAAGUUUUCCACUGUGCUCUUUGAACCUCAAGCAAGACCGUCCACGGCCACCAGUACUCUCAGAGAAAAGUUUCAAUGGCGACUGAAGAGGUCAGCAAACGUCCAGCAAUCCCUCCAUACCGACAGAUGAUUAUGGAAGCUUUGGAUUCAUUGAAACAAAAGGAGGGAGCAAACAAGACAUCAAUAUCGGAAUACUUAGAAUCCAAGUAUAAGGACUUGCCUGCUGCGCAUGUAAACUUGUUAUCAGCUCAUUUGACUACAAUGAAGGACAGUGGGGAGCUAUUAUUCAUCAAGAACAACUACCUGAGACCGGGAGCCGAAGCCCCACCGAAGCGUGGCCGAGGACGUCCAAGGAAGGACCCAAAUUCGUUACCUGAACCGAAGAAGCCAAAGCCAGCUGCCGGUCCUCAGGCUGUUUCAAAGACGGGAAGGCCAAGGGGAAGGCCGAGGAAGGUGAAGCCUCAGACUGCACCAAAUGGCUUGGAAGGUUAGUUGCUUUAGAUGUGCAACUGGUGUAGGUUUCUUAGAUUGUCUUUAACUGUCGGUUUUUUUUAAGGUUUAUGUUAUUUAGUAGGCGUCUUCCUUUGUUUUUCCCCUUUCUAUGAUGUUUGUUUGUGGUGUAGUUGUACUAGCUGCAUUAAUUUGGGGAGUACUUAAUGCUCGUCUGAACAUUAAGAGAUUGAUGCUAAUCUGGGGUUUGUUUCAAGUAUUUCUGUCUGUUGAGAUUGUCAUUUGUUAAA